GACUCCCUCCUCUCGUCCUCUCUCGUCCGCCGGCACCGAACCAGUCCACGUCCGUUCAUAACUCGCUAGCGUUUUCUAGGCUGAACACUUGACCAUGGCCGAGACUCAGGAAUACGAGAUGGGGAACGGCGACUACAAGUCCGAAGGGCAGGAAGAGUACAACCAGGACGACCAGAUGAACGGGACCGCCGAGAACGGCGGAGGCGAACAGCCGGCCGACAGCGGGAGUGCCGAGGCGCCCGGCAAAGACGACGACAGGAAAUUGUUUGUCGGCGGACUCAGUUGGGAAACUUCUGACAAGGAACUUAGAGAACAUUUUAGCAGUUAUGGCACAAUAGAAAGCAUUAAUGUUAAGACCGAUCCCAACACUGGACGGUCAAGAGGAUUUGCUUUUAUCGUUUUCAAAUCUGCUGACUCCAUCGACAAGGUAUUGGCUGCUGGAGAUCAUGUUAUUAACAACAAAAAGAUAGACCCAAAAAAAGCUAAAGCCAGGCACGGAAAGAUUUUUGUCGGCGGGCUUUCAACAGAGUUGACAGAUGAUGAUAUCAAGAAUUACUUCGCUCAAUAUGGCAGUAUUGUAGACGUUGAAAUGCCCUAUGACAAAUCGAAAAAUCAAAGGAAGGCAUUUUGCUUCAUUACAUUCGAAUCUGAACAAGUAGUAGCUGAAUUGCUAAAAACACCAAAACAAACUAUAAAUGGAAAGGAGGUCGAUGUCAAAAAGGCGACACCGAAACCAGACGGCAUGGCUGGCAUGAGAGGUGGCCGAGGAGGACGGGGAGGCCGUGGCCGAGGAGGUUAUGGACAGGGCUAUGGUCAAGGCUAUGGCGGUUAUGGUGGCUAUGCCUCUGGCUAUGACUACUACGGCGGCGGCGGUGGGGGAUAUGGAGGUGGUUAUGGCGGUAGCAACUACGGAGGUGGAUACGAUUACUCUGGAUAUGGAGGCUACGGUAACUAUGGCGACGGCUAUGGAGGAUAUAGCAAUUACGAUGGCGGGUAUAGUGGUGGUCGUGGGGGCCGAGGCAAAGGAAGUGGUUACGGAGGGGGUAAGCAGAGAGGGGGCGGCCGCGGUGCAAGGCAUGCGCCCUACUAAGGAACACCUUGGUUUAUCAAAGCGAUAAGACUUUUUCCUCCUGGACUUCAUAAAGAAAUUCUCAAUGCCUUCAUCUCUCAUCUCAUUUCAAGUUCAUCGAUAGUUCAUUUCCACAAACAUCAAGCCCUCUUCUCGCAUUUUGAUCAUUCCACCAAGUGUCAGCCAAACAUGACUAUGAUGAAGUGUUGACUGUAAUACUUAAACGGCAAUCCUUUCUAAAUAUCGUAAAUUAAAACCAAAAAACUUUUCCUGUAAGGAAAAUAAUUUCCAUCAUAGGUAUAUAUUUUUUAGCGUACCUAACCUUUUGAAAACGAAGGUGCUUGGAAUAAAUAACUUUAUUUAUUUGGUUUUUUAAUUUCCAAUUUAGAAAGUAUUGCGUUCAGUAUUACUUGACGUGUGUUAAACCUCUCCUAGGUUUUUACUCAACGGGACUAUUUUAAUUGUAUUAUAUAUCAAAGUGUGUUUAUAGUAUUGUGUUUAGUGUUUAGAGUAAGAUUAAGUUUAUUUACAAAAAGGAGCGUACAACAUGUACCUACUUUAAAGUGCAAAACAAAGUUUAUU